AUGGGAGGUAUUAGUGCAAAGACUUAUAUGGGAUGGUGGGGUCACAUCGGUUCCCCAAAACAAAAAUAUGUAAACAUAUACACAGUCUCUCCUUAUGCAACUAGACCCAUGAAGGAUGCUUUAUACAACGCAUUCUUUAACACUUUCAGAAGAACUAAGAAUCAGGCUCUCUACGUCAUUGUUCCCGCUGUGAUUGUUUGGAACGUUUGGGUCAAAGCAAGAGACUAUAAUGAAUAUUUGUACACGAAAAGUGGCAGAGAAGAAUUGGAAAGAGUCAAUGUUUAA